AUGCCGAGUGGGUCGUCUUCCGAGACGGUGACCCCCACUGAGAGUCUCCCCACCGAGACCUCGGCGCUCCUCCCAAAGCCAUCGUCCACCGACUCGGCACCUUCUGAUGUCGCCGCCGAGACCGUCAAGCCUGGCCUUCCACCGUGGAGAUCAUGGCUGGCAGAGAUAUGGCUUCUGACCAAGGCCUCGGUCCCUGUGAUCCUGGCGUACACGCUACAGAACUCACUGCAGACCAUUUCCGUCCUCAUCGUCGGCCGACUGUCCCCGGAGGCGCUGGCCACGGCAGCCUUUUCUUACAUGUUCGCCAUGUCGACGGCGUGGCUGAUCGCACUGGGAGGCACGACUGCGCUGGACACCCUGGCGUCGAGCAGCUUUACGGGGUCGACUGACAAGCAUGACCUAGGGGUUCUCCUGCAGAGAGGACUCUUCGUGCUUUCGCUGUUCUAUGUUGUCGUGGCGGUGAUAUGGUCUUUCUCCGAGCACAUCUUCCGCGCCCUGGGACAGGAGGAGUAUAUAUGCGUCCAGAGUGCAAUGUUCCUACGCUGCUUGAUCCCAGGUGGCUUGGGAUAUGUGUGGUUCGAGGCAAUGAAGAAAUACCUUCAAGCCCAAGAAAUCUACCGCCCUGGCACUUACGCUCUGCUCAUCACCUCACCCCUCAACGCCUUGCUGAACUAUCUCUUCGUCCACGUCUUCGGCAUUGGUCUCUACGGCGCGCCCAUAGCCACCGGCAUAUCCUACUGGCUGUCCUUCCUGCUGCUCGUGGCCUACACGGUCUUCAUCAAGGGCCACGAGUGCUGGGGCGGCCUCGCACCGAGGAGGGCACUCCAGCACCUGGGCCCGUUCGCACGCCUCGCGCUGCUGGGCGUGGUCCACGUCGGCACCGAGUGGUGGGCCUUCGAGAUCGUCGCCCUCGCCGCCGGGAGGCUGGGGACCAUCCCGCUCGCGGCGCAGUCCGUGAUAAUGACUGCGGACCAGGUCAUCAACACGGUCCCGUUCGGGCUCGGCGUCGCCGCCUCAGCGCGCAUCGGAAACCUCCUCGGGGCUCAGAGACCCAAGGAGACCAGGCGCGCCGCCCACUGCGCGGCGGUGCUCAGCACGGUCAUGGGGGCGCUGAUCCUCGCCGUGCUGAUGGGGACCAAGGACGUCUUCGGCCGGCUUUUCAACGACGACGACAGGGUCGUUGAGCUGGUCUCGAAGGUGAUGCCUUUUGUGGCCCUGUUCCAGAUCGCGGACGGGCUGAACGGCUCGUGCGGCGGCGUCCUCAGGGGAAUGGGACGACAGUGGGUGGGCGCGGUGGUAAAUCUUGUCGGCUUCCUGGCCAUCUUCAACCCCAGUCUGGGCAAUACAGACGAGACGCUUGACGACCAGAUUGUCUACUACUCAUCCGUCGACACCCAGACUCAGAAACGGAAACGUCAUCGAAAGGCACGACCCACCGAGAAUGUGUCCCAGGCGGAGCGCAACGAGCGGCUGAGGCAGAUUGGCCUCGCCCAGGGCAUGGUGAGCUUCAGCAAGGACUUUUCAGACGACCAGGCCGUCGACUCGAUCGAGACGGAAAAGACGAGGGUCGUCCUGCACGAGCUGGAGCCCGGAUGGUGGAUCUUGGCCAGCAUCGACCUCACGCGCCUGCCACUUGCGCCACCGACUUCGAAGAAGCAAAGCGGUGCUGCAGCUUCCACCGAGGACAAGUACGAGCACUCGUCACGGGAGGUCAAGCCCGCGGCCCUCCUUCUCCAGGACAUGCUUAAGGCGCACUCCAUCUUCCUGCUUCACCAUGACUCGUCUCUGAGCUCGUUGUUCAUGAGAAUCAAACGGUCUAAAUUCACAACCACUCUGGCGCGGUAUUGGGAUCUUUUCCUCUCUACUUGGGACGUUCUGCUCCAUGGAAACCCUGUCCAAAACAUCUUUGGCGGCAUCAAAAUUGCCGCCAGUGGUGAGCUGGGCAUAGGAGUCGGUGAGGAAGAGCGCGGGAGCGGCGAACGAGAGGUUCUGGAGGGGUUUGUCCAUAGGACAGACGGUCUGGUCGAUAUCAUCGUGUCCAAAUUCGCCGGCGACAAGCCGGAGGAGUCCACUAGCUCAUGGGAGAGGCGGACACAAGGCCAGCAAUCUCACGCGCUGUGGCUGGGCUCUGGCAGCGAGCCCGGAGCAGAGGACGGCGCAGUAUUCUUAGGAGUUGGAUCUCUGUCCCGAAAGUCCGUAGGUGACAUCACGCACUGGGUCGAAGACAUCUAUACCUGGGGCGAGGAUGCCUAUGGCGUGCUCGACAGUCCAAAAGCCACCCGCCAGCCAAGAAGAGAGUCACGGGUGUCGGAAGAACGCUCGAGGAAAACUGCCUCAGAACGGCCCAUGCAGCCACCUCCCAGCCUCAUAAACCCCAAACGGUCCUCAAAACCUGCCGCUGCUCCACCUCCCCCUAAGCAGCGUGACGCACCGGCGGGCUCGGGCUCCAAGUCGAGUCAAGAGCCACCAUCUAAUUCGGGUGAAGCGGAAUCCGGCGGCAUUGAGAAGUACAUGGACUACUUGAAGCUUGGUUAUGGCAAGUAUUGGAGCCUCGGGGGAGAUUCUGAAUCCAAAGGAGAGACCAAGGACAGCCCGACCUCCCCGAAAGGCCCUUCCAAGGGCGAUGACUCUGUCGGACACUUUCUUAUUGGUCUGACAGGCGAAGUCGAGGAGGGUUGGGUCGACGACCCUGAGGCUAGGCGAUUCGGGGAGCACCCUUGGGACGAAAAUGCGAAUCCGCGGACAGUUCUCAGGACAGUGACCGUGGAACUGGAGACUGACGUUUCGGAAAAAUCAGAAGUGCACAUGUCGAAGGUCCUCGGCAGUCAUGAUACCGAAUUAUCCUCUGCAAAUCCUGCGACGGGCUCAUCGUUCAACAGUCAGGACAGGAACAAGACACACAAGUGCCGCGUAGUGGUAUAUGUCAUCAAGCCAUUCAUCUUUACUUUCUUAUUCGAGCUCCGGACGGAGUCGCUGGCCUUUGAAGGGCUCUACCGCUCUUUGCACCACCAGAUCGCACCGCUGCGGAAGGCAUUGGGCAACUCGACAGCUUACAGGCCAGAGAAGCCUGACGCAGGCAGCGCCUCUGCGGCAAUCUAUGAUCUUGUGUGGGACCCCAAGGAGAAGACGGUGCAUACUACGAUCCCCAAUAUUCCCGAUGCGGCGGAGACGUACAGCAGCGGAGACCAACCGCCUUGGUCUCGCGUCGAAGCGCUGAACACGCACAUGCAGAUCCUGAACCUGUACAAGGCAACCCGGGCCGACCUGUCCGAGCUGGAGCGGACGUGCAAGACAAGCCGCGGAUGGUGGAUCGUCUGGAGCCGGAUCCUGGAGCGGGAGCCGGAGGCAGCGCGCGGAUCGACGGAUUCCGACAGGGCGUCUUCCGGAGAGGAGGGAAGCAGCCACGAGGAGACCAGCGAGUCCACGAGCGCACAGGCGACGAAUUCGUCGUCUCAGACCUCGACCGUCAGGGCGGCACCGCCCAUGUCUGUCAGCAAGGAGAUCUUCCUCAUCCGCAAGGCCAGCGACCACGGCGGGCACGGCAGGAGCGUGAGCCUCACGGUGACUGGUGGCGGCGCGGGCUGGGCGGAUGGGGCGAGCCGGCUGGCGCAGGGGAUCGGCGUUGAUACGAGGAAAUACAUUGAAGGGCUGCUCAGCAUGAACCGGUAA